AUGCCCCUCAACACUCUGCGGCUUAACCAUCAGAAAUCAUCCCAUCCCAAUGAUCGCAUUGUUUUUAUCAAGCCCCUUCCGCGGCCGCCGUCGGAUCAGGCGUCCUACGAGCUCGCCGACACGUUCCUGCGAGCCAUCGCCGCCCAAUGCCUCCCCCUCAUGAAGAACCACUAUCUCUCCGUCACGACCCUCGAGGAAUACGAGCCAAACCGAGAGUUCAUCGGCCGCAACUUCAACAAUGGCGAGAUCAUCCAGUUGGUGCUUCAGAGCAAGGGUGGCGGAUGGGUGCCGUUCAAUAUGGUGCAAAUGGUCAUGAUGCACGAGCUGGCACACAACACCCACAUGAAUCACGGGCGGGACUUCUGGAAGACAAGAAAUCUCUACGCGGAAGAGAUGAAGGUCUUGUGGGCCAAGGGCUACACGGGUGAAGGCUUUUGGGGGGGUGGACGGACGUUAAGUGACUUGGGAACUGUCAUGGGCAACAACAUUUUACGCAGCGAGGAGUUGGAGGGGUUGCCGCUUUGUGGAGGGACAUAUCGAAGUCGCAACAGAAAACGCAAAACACGGAGUGACAAGCCAGAAUUGACCUGGAAGGAGAAGAGAGACCGGCGCAUCGAGAAGAAAUUCGGCAAGAACGGCGUGGCGCUGGGUGAGGAUGAGGACGCCCGAUUGAGCCUGGAGAUCAACCGCAAGGGUCCUAUUGGGAACAAGCCUCGGGUAGCCCAGAGUAAACGAGGUCGAGAAUUGAGAGCUGCUGCGGCAUUGGCUCGGUUCGAGACGAACAAAAUGGAGGUCGAAGAGCUCCAGCACGCCGGAGGAGAGGACGAAGACACUUACGAGGACGCAGAUGACGGCCAAGAAGACGCUAAGGACAUCAGUGGCCAGAGAAUGCUGGAUGGCCAAGGCCGUGGCAUGAUCCGAGUCUGCGACGACGAAGAUACCGGAGACAUCAAUGUUCAACGCGAAUUACAAGACCUGAAUACGCUCGACCGUUAUUUCAAACCCUUUCAAAACGGCAGGGGAUCUGGUAUUAUCCAGACCCAAGACCUGGACCCCACGGACAAACCUUCGCUAGAGCAGCCGAAUAUAAUAGCAACGCUAGAAUCUGACACGAAUGACAGCGGCCAGGCCUCGGAGAAAAUGGACGGACAACAACAGCAGCCCCAGAAAAAAGGAACCCCAGCGAAAGUUUCGAGCCAUACACCCAGUCCAGAACCAACCCAACCUACAGACGACCCGUCUCCCAUCUUGAAACUCAGACCAACCACACCAUCUGUGACCCAAAAAUUAGACUCUACCCAGGCGACCCGGACCUCGAGCCUAGUCAAAGCAACCUCACCCAAUUCACCACCCUCAGCCUCAUCCACCUCGUCACCCUUGUCGCGGCCCAUAAUCGUACCCUGCCCCAUCUGCUCGCUCGAGAACCCCCGGCUCAACGCGACGUGCAUGGCAUGCUCGCACGUCCUGGACACCCGAAAAGACCCACGACACUGGUCGUGUCAGAGCGCUGUGUGCAGGUACAGUCAGAGCGGGUAUGUGAAUGCAGGCGAUGCGGGCGUCUGUGGGCUUUGCGGGACGAAGAAGGGUGGUUGA